AUGGGUAAAGCACCCUGUUGUGAGAAACAUGGAGUGAGAAGGGGGGCUUGGACUCCUGAAGAAGAUGAAGCCUUGGUUGAGUACAUCAAGAAGCAUGGCCAUGGAAGUUGGCGUACACUCCCCAAGCAUGCAGGUCUCCUACGAUGUGGAAAAAGUUGUCGGCUUCGGUGGAUAAACUAUCUUCGCCCUGGCAUCAAGCGUGGUCCAUUUACUAAUGAAGAGGAAAAUACUAUUAUUCAACUUCAUGGCAUGCUUGGCAACAGGUGGGCUGCUAUAGCAUCCCAACUACCUGGAAGAACAGACAAUGAGAUCAAGAACUAUUGGAACACACAUCUAAAGAAGCGCAUUCUUCGGUCAUGUCAUUCCCAAAGAGCAAAACAGCCAUGUAUCCUUCCUGAUCAAAGGAUUGCGAAGUCUGAAUCUCCCUCUACGCGACACAUGGUACAAUGGGAAAGUGCUAGAGUUGAGGCAGAGGCAAGGUUGUCAAUGGAAUCCUCACUGCUCAAUUCAUGGUCAAUGAAUAACGCAUGCCCUGAUUACUUUCUUCAACUUUGGCAUUCUGAGGUUGGACAGUCAUUUCGCAUGAUCAAGGGAAAGGAAGGAAUUGUGUGUCAAAGUCCUUUCUCACAACCAUCAUCCUCAUCAAAGUUGGAGUCAUGUUCAGAUGUUUCAUUGCAGGUGAAAAACACUGGAAAUAGUUGUUACACUUACAAUCCAAUGCUUGAAGAUGUCAACAUGAUUCAAGAACACACAAGUAGCUACAAACCAAAGCUUGAAGAUGACACUGGUGGCUCAGAGUCAGGCAAUUUUGAAUUUCUCGACACUUCUGAUUCUGCACUAAAGCACCUAUUAGAUAUGCCUGAUACUGAUAUAGGAUUCUUGGAACACAAUGACAAUUUCCUGAAUCUCCUUGACGGUACAUGUGACUAA